CACACCCACCCACCCACCCUAGACGGUGGGUAACACUAACAUCACACACACGUUAAAACAUGACGAAUUGAUGGCGAUAAUAAUGGCCCCAAAGUCAGACACCUCUGUUUGUGCUUGUGUGGACCUACUACCCUUCCUCUGCCAACCACUUCCCACACCCUAUCACAACCCCCCCCUGGCGCACGUUAGCCCUCCACCUAAGCGGUGGCCUCCCUUCCCUUCUUUUCUAUACAUCUCAUAACCAGCCGCACACCCCUCCUUCCUCAACCCCCAUUAUGUCUCAUUCUCUCUCUCGCUACUUUACGCCUCCUCUCUUAUCCUUCACCCACUGAACAAACCUCAUGGCUGCUGCUGCUGCUGCUGCUUCUUCCUCUUCUCCCGUCGAGACCACCGCCACCACCCCACCGCCGAUCCCCUCCAGCCCACCCACCGCCGUGCCUCUCUCUCUCCCGCUCCCUCUGCCCGCCCCGCCCACGGCCCAGAUCCAGGCCCAGCCCCAGACCCAGACCCAGACUCCGAUCCAGGCCCAGCCCCAGGCUCAACCCCAGCCCUCCACCGCCUCGCGGCGCCUGCCCCCGCCGUGCUGGUCGCACGACGAGACGGUCGCGCUGAUCGACUCUUACCGCGAGAAAUGGUACUCGCUCCGGCGCGGGAAUCUGAAGGCGACUCACUGGCAGGAGGUGGCGGAUUCGGUCGCUCGUCGCUGCUCCGCCGCGUCUCCUCCCAAGACCGCCGUGCAGUGCCGUCACAAGAUGGAGAAGCUGCGGAAGCGGUACCGCACGGAGCUGCAGAGGGCGAGAUCCAUGCCCGUUUCGAGGUUUAUCUCCUCCUGGGUCCAUUUCAAGCGCAUGGACGCCAUGGAGAAAGGUCCUUCGGCUAAGCCUCGAGUCAACGACUCCGACAGCGACGAAAACGACAACAACAACGACGAAGGGCUCGACGUUGAGAACGACGAAGAAGAAGAUCAGGAUUUGUACGAAGAGUUCAAGAAUGGAGGGUCGAACAUGAGGCACAUGAGUAAAUUUUACAGAAAUAACGGAAUCGGCGGAAGUGGCGGCGGAGGCGGUGGUGGUGGUGGUGGUGGUGGUAGUGGUGGAGGAAGUGGGUUUCGGAUUCGGAUUCCGAGUGGUGUGAGCGUAGCGCAUCUCGGAUCGAAGUUUUAUCCGAAAGUUGAGCCGAAAUUCAAUUCAAACCCUAACCCUAGCUCUAGCUCUGGUGUGAAUUUUGGGGCUAGGGUUAUGAGGGAGUGUAACACGGCGGUGAGGUCGGGUUUGGGAAAGAGAGAGAGGGAGAGAGACCCGGUGGCCGAGAUGGUUUCGGCUAUAAAGGUAUUGGGAGAUGGGUUUGUGAGAGUGGAGCAGAUGAAGAUGGAGAUGGCUAGGGAGAUUGAAGGGAUGAGGAUGGAGAUGGAGAUGAAGCGGACCGAGAUGAUUCUCGAGUCCCAGCAGAGGAUUGUUGAGGCCUUUGCCAAGGCGGUAUCGGAGAAGAAGAAGAAGCCGAAGAGAAUUCCCUCACCGGAGUCUUAGGUGUUGGCGAAUUCGGUUUUCCUUUGUGGGGGGUGUCUUUGUUAUUAAUCCCCCUAUCCUAUGAAAGGGUCUAUUGUUGUGUAGUUUGAGAGGUGGCAGAGUUGGGAGCUUUGCUUAGUUCAAGAGGCCAAAUGGGUAUUAGUCUUUGUGACUCGAUUAUUAUGUGAGUUUGCUUAGGGUUUUUUUUUUUUUUUAGUUUUCAUGUUUAAUUUGGUUCCAUGCCGUUAGAGAUAGUAGAAUAUGGAAAUUUGUGUAGUUGUAGCUUUGAUUUUCAGUGAAUGUAGUAGCUUUAUUUUCGAUAAUCAUUAAUAGUGUUUACUCUUUGUGUUUUUUGAUUCAAUGUUUCAUUUGGUUCCACAUGCCACUAGAGAUGGUAGAAUGUGGAAAUUUGUGUAGUUGUAGCUUUGAUUUUCAGUGAAUGUAGUAGCUAUAUUUUCGAUAAUCAUUAAUAGUGUUUA